AUGACAACCAACUACCCCGCACCACCGCCAAGUUACAGUGAAAAUCCUAACCCACGCGAGCCUUUACUAGGCAGUGAAUGGGAAAACGAUGUCCCAGACGACUUUAAAUAUGGUGUUUCCGUCAUGCAAUGUGAUGCUUCUAUUCGUAAUGCUUUUGUAAGCAAGGUCUAUUCUAUCUUGGGUUUUCAGUUGCUCUUCUCUAUCAUCGCAGGUGCUUUAUUCAUGUAUAAUGAAGGUGUGAAGGAUUGGGUUCAAGAAAACCAAUGGCUUAUGUGGGUAUCAAUGGGUGGAUCCUUUGUGUCACUUUUUGCGUUGUAUUGGAAAAGUCGCUCGUACCCAACAAACUACGUCUUGUUGGGCGUGUUUACUUUCUGUGAAAGUUAUAUGAUUGGAGCGGCUUUGACUGUUUUCGAAAAAGCGAUGGUUUUGCAGGCAUUGAUUAUCACUUUUGGAAUCUUUGCUGGCCUGACAUUAUUUACAAUGCAAUCAAAAUAUGACUUCAGUGGCAUGGGACCUUUCCUUCUUGGAGGCCUCCUACUAUUCAUAUUCAUCGGCCUAGUUCAGUUGUUUAUCCCAUUCUCGCGCAUACUCGACUUGAUCAUGGCAGUCGGUAUAGCAAUCCUGUUCUGCGGGUUCAUCAUUUACGACACGUAUAAUCUGAUGAACACGCUUAGUCCUGAGGACUACGUCAUUGCGUCGAUUAGUCUUUACCUCGAUUUCAUUAAUCUGUUCCUUGCCAUCUUGAGGAUCUUGAAUGACGGUUUAUAUGAAAAUGAGGCGGGAAUUAAUGACUGGCAUAAUAAAUUUGUCGGUACUCCCAAACUUUCAUUAUUUCACAAGUCGUCUCGAGAGCCUUCUAUCAUAGUAGCGACUGAUCGUAACGUGCUUGCUUCUUUGAGUGCACGCAACGGGAGUGUUGACACUGUGUCAAUAUCAAAUAAGGAUGGGUAUAAUAUUAUUCGUUAUUGGGAUACAGAAUCAGGAUUCUUGUUAUGGGAACACAAAGUAGCUGAGAAGACAGGAAGCAGUAAUAACAAUAGCAAUGAUGUGUGGCCUACAAUAGAUAUUUUGUUUGCUGUCGAUAAAUCUGGAAUUUUUGUUCUUCUGGACGGUUCUGAUAUUUUGAAAUUAUCGAUCAACGAUGGCCAGCAGCUUUGGAAAACAACAAUUAACGAAAACAAUUCAAAAACCAUCACAUUUAUUCGAAUAGUGCAAUAUGGUGCAGCACUUCAAGCGGUAGGACUCAUAACAACUAAUAACAAAUCAUACGCCAUCGAGGUCAUUACAUUAGAUGCGAUCAUUGGUGACAUUCUGAAAAAGAUUACUCUAUCUUCCAAAGUUGAAGACGCCAAAGAUGUAAUUGUUCUUGGUGGAGAAACAAAUAGUGGAUUUGUUGUUUGGAAGGAGGAGCCGAACAUGCGUGUUAAUCGAUUAGGAACAAAAGAUAUUGAUGGUGCUCCAUUGAAGGCGCUUUACGGAAAUGUUAUUAAUUCUUUUUCUAACGCUAAUGGUCCUCUUGAAAUAAUAAAUCUUAAUUUGGGUCCACGAACAGAGUUCUUGUGUCAGGUACCAACAAAAAUUGGUACCGCCGCCGCUGUUUUCAAAAUUGAUCCUGAGGGAGGUCGAUUAGCAGUUCUUUAUGAUCUUGAAGAUAGGCCUGGUAAAUCCAUAUAUUCGGCAACUAUUGACAAAACUGAGCGGCUUAUUGUGUCACGAAGUUUAACAUUAUCUAAAGACAGCGUUAAGGUUGAAAUUGUUGCGCCUGCAUCCAGAACGAUUCUAGCAACUCAUGAAAUCCCUCAUUUAUUAUCCGAAUCUGGAACUAUUCAAAAAUCUAUUUUAAAUGUCAUCAAUCGUCAAAAAGAGAUGGUAACUUAUCGAAUAUUAAUAUUAUCGUCUGAUGGAUCCUUGUAUUUUUGGAAGGAUGGAACAGUUUCUUGGAGACGUGAAGAAUCACUUGCGCAUGCAAUUCAAGCGGAAUAUCUUGAUUUGCCUGAACGGAAAUUAUGGUCUCAGGAAAUUGAUGAACUUGCUGAACAAGCAGAAGAUUCUGAAACAAUAUCACCAUUUCAACGUUACAUCCGACGUCUUAUAACUCAUUUGUAUCAACUUCAAGAUCUAUUUUCAUAUAUCGCCACAUAUAUAAAUCAUUUUGUCACGGGAGAUUAUUCCUCACCUUCUCCAUUCACAUCUUCACAUGAUAAAAAUCAACAAGGUCUUUAUCGCGACACGUUUGGUUUUCGGAAAUUAUUAAUUUUUGUGACACCCAAAAAGUUGGUAGCAUUGAAUACAGCAAAUAAAGGAGAAGUGGUUUGGUCUCGAUAUUUUGGUGAUUAUGUCACUGAUCUCACUCAAAUUUUUAUUGUUCGUACCGCGAUGAUAAAGUAUCCUCCUGUGCUUGUUGCUAUUGGAAUGGAAAGCGAGUUAAAUGCAAAAAUUUAUAAACUUCCAAUCGAAGAACCGGAAGAGCGAACCCAUGUUCUCGCACUUGUUGAUAAAGAGUUGAAGGUUUAUCUUUAUCCAGAAACUUUGGGAGCUGUUAAAGCGUUCAAGGAUUUCGCAUUAUCAUCGCCAUUUUAUUUCACUCUUAUUGAUGCUAUCGGUGGGAAACAUUUGGCUGGAUAUCGUGUUGAAUUGUUACAAAGCAACUAUACUCUACCUUUUGAGAGUAACCUCUUAUGGGCUAUUAGUUUCCCUGAUGAUGAACGCAUUGCUGCAAUAGCCAAACGAAAUCCUCAUGAGAAAGUUGCUUCGCUUGGUCGAGUUUUGGGUGAUCGCUCAGUCCUCUACAAAUAUCUCAAUCCACAUCUUGUCGCAAUAGCAACAAUUACAAGUACUAAAGACAUGAUAUCCUCGCUAAACUUAUAUUUAAUCGAUGUUGUGAAAGGCACAAUUUUGUAUCACUCUGUACACGAAAAUGUUGGAUCAUCAUACCCAGUUCAUAUCAUACAAAUUGAGAAUUAUAUUUUGUAUUAUUUCUGGAGUGAAGGUGAAGAGGGAACAUCUUCUACGGAAAAAGGAUUUGUAACCGUUGUUUUUGAUUUGUAUGAAAGUGCGAAUAAAGACGUAAGGGUAGACAGCUCAAUAUUCUCCUCAUUUGCACAUGAACGCCCCUAUGUCAGUGCCCAAUCAUUCAUUCUCCCAUACGCUGUGAAAGCAUUGGGCGUGACAACAACAAAACAUGGGAUUGCAACACGAGAAUUUUUAUUUGCACUUGAAAGUGAUCAAUUAUAUGGAUUGUUGAAACGUUUCCUUGAUCCACGAAGACCAUUAGGACCACUCACCAACGAAGAUAAAGAAGAAAUGCUUAUUCCCUAUGAACCCGUGUUACCAGAUAGCAAACAGCUGUAUUUGAGUUAUAAUCUAACGAUUGCCGGCAUUCAACACAUAAUAACCAACCCUUCUUUAUUAGAAUCAACAUCUUUAGUAUUAGCCUAUGGGCUCGACAUAUUUUUCACACGUGUAGCUCCCUCGAAAACUUUUGACGUGUUGAGUGAAGAUUUUAGCAAGAGUACUCUGUUGACCACCAUUUUUGGAUUAAUAUUAGGGAUUGUUAUCACACGUCCUAUGGUUCGUCGAAAGAAUGUCAAUGCUAGAUGGUACUAA